UGAGCCUCGCGAAGUUACCAGAAUCUUGGAAGAAGAAAACGGAUUGAUUCUAACCUAAAAGAAGGUCGCGACCAGUCGCGAUUAUUUAUACAUUUAUCGAACGUAUAUAGCGGCAACAUGGCUAAGGAACGUGGCGUCAUGAAGAUGCUCUGGAACAGUUUUGUAUCCUCGCUGAAGCCUCGCUUCGCUCGCCGUAAAUUGAUCGGCGAGGAUUACUACGGCACGAAAUACUACGAGGAGGAGAUCCGCUAUUCCGCUCGGAAGAGACCGCCGCGGUAUUUUGUUCCGGUGAACAAGGAAGACUUCGAGCAGGAGCGGCCAGGGGAAUGGGAGGCCUGGUUGAGAUACCGCAGGAAAGAGCCGCCCACGCGGGAGGAGAUAGAAACCAAUUACCAAUUGGCAAUGACCAAGAAGGAGAAUGCAGCGAGACUUUUACAGGAGAACCGCCCCAAGAGCGAAGAUACCAGAGAUCUUCCUGUUACCUCGUCCACUACUCAGGCAGAUGUUCCGGGAAACUUUCCAGUCUACAAAGAUUACAAAGAUUUUGGUCAAGAUUACAAACCGAAGGACGCAUAUAAAAGAUAAUGAAGAUGCCAUGUCUAUAUAGUAAAGUAUAUUUCUAGAUCAAAGUUUUUUUUAUGCAACACGUGCAUGGAAAGUGCCCCAUUACGCACGCUACGCGUGCGUGAUAGACCACUUUCCAGGCACUUGCAACAUAAAAUAGGGAGUGUAAAUCGUGUGUAAAGAUGAAAAUUCCCGGGUGCGGCUACCGCAUUCAUCUUACGACACUUGUUACACAAAUAACUAUUCUAUUUAUGCAAUAAAAAAUUUAGCAGAAUUCCCAG